AUGCAAUUCGACUUUCUUUUCACGCCGCCGCCGCCGCCGCCGCCGCCGCCGCGUCCCUCCCCGGGAGCUUUUUUUAGGGCUACCUCUCAUCACCGCUUCCUCUUCGUCGCCGCCGCCGCCGCACGGAACGCCGAUCGCGGCGAAGGUGUCGCGGUGGAUGAGAUCGCCGACGACCUUCGACCUUCGGACGGUUCACGGGGUAUUAUUCUUCUGUCCUGCAAACCAUCUCGAUAUAAGUUUGUUCGUAUUUUGUUUGGGUCUCAACAUUUCCAAUUUCGAUCACAAUUGAGACAACUCACAAAAGUUGUCCAUCGGCGCACGGCUUCGUCGCGCAGGUCGAUCGCCCACCACAGGUCUUCGUCGGUCGCACCUGCGGAUGUACCCAAGCACCGCCCUUGGAACCACGCCUCGAAAACCCCGCCGUCUUCGUUCUCCCGCUUGACGGCCUCCACGCCCAUGAUCCCGACGACGCGACGCUUCAACGCCUCGAACUUGACAGUCGUCGCGUCGUCGUCGCCGUCGGUCACCUGCACGACGUUGUUCGGUUCUCUCUUCCCUUUCGUCCCCCCGCGUUGGUUCGAGGUCGACGCGGCAUCUGCAGACAUCUGCGGGGACGAGAAGGACCGGGGACGAGAAGCACAGGGUAAGUAUCCGCGCGCGCGGCGUCGGUCGGCGACGACGUCGCGCGCGCUCGAUCGCGGAUCUCAUCCCCGACAGAAAAAAGCGUUUCGCGUUUUCCGAGGAAACGCGCGCCGUCGCGCGCGCGCUUAUUCGCUUCGCUCGCGCGCGGUCGGGCGGGCGGGCGGGCGCGGAGGGGGAAGGCGAGGGCGAUACGCACCUUGA